GGAUCCUCAAAAAACCUCAUAAACCCUUGAAGCUCGAGAAAUUGUGUAAAACCACUCCAAUGGCGGUUCUGGAAAAAUUGUUUCGAGCAUCGCGAGCAUGGCGCGGAUCACUCUCUCAUUCUAAAUCCAUUGGUCCAUCGCAACCACGGGCACGAGCGCUUCGUCGCUGUUUCUAUAGCGGAACCUUUGAUCAGAGCAAUUCAAAAGUAAAUCAAGUCUUGAGAUCUUGCAGCACCAUAAACGAUUCUCCAUACUUUUCCAUAGCACCUGCAGUUUUGGGUGCUCUCUUCAGUGUUGGAGCUAUAGGAGUAGCUUAUGCUGAAUCUGAUGAGGCUACUAAUGACAAGUCAUCUGCCCCAAUAGAUCCUCCACCAAACUAUGUAGACAUUGCCAAGAAAGAACGAGCUCGAAUUGAAGAACUGAUAUCAAGUAAAGGAACUCAAUAUGGUUCUUACCCACGGUUCAAUGUUGCUGUCAGGGGUCAAAAGAUUACCUUGAAGUUCCAAGUUCCUUCUACUUGCGAAGUCGCACAGUUGAUAUCAAACAUUGGAUCCCAACUAGGUGUGAAAGUCUCAGAUCGCACUGGUGGUUCAGAUAUGCUAUUGCGUGCUUGGGACAAUCCAGUCGCUUGGCAAAUAACACUUCGCAGUGUGGAAAACAAGAAGAAACUAGGAGAGAGUGAAGAUGAUUCAGAUGAUGACUUGUGCAUUCUUAUCUUCGGUUCCUUACUUACCUCGGAUAAAGUGGAAGUUGAGUUUAUAAAGAAGGGAAGUUUGACCACUGAAGAACUUGAGGCUUUUGUUUCAGCUUUGCGAGUAGCUGGAACAAAAGCUGGACAAAAUAAGGGAGGUGGAGUUAGAGGUAGCGCUCGUGAAUCGUCUACCGACAAAUCUAUCUCUCAAUUGGAGUCUAUGGGAGUGAGAAUCUAUGGAGUUAAUAAACCUCUUGGGGAGGAUUCUAUUGAUGAUAUAUCAUGGGACAAUAUUGCUGGAUAUGAUCAGCAAAAGCGAGAGAUAGAAGAUACAAUAUUGAUGGCCCUUCAUAGUCCUGAAGUGUAUGAUGAUAUAGUACGUGGUACACGGUCCAAAUUUGAAUCAAACAGACCUCGGGCUGUUCUAUUUGAGGGUCCACCAGGAACUGGGAAGACAUCUUGUGCUCGUGUUAUUGCAAAUCAGGCAGGCAUACCGUUGUUGUAUGUGCCGCUUGAAGCUGUAAUGUCUAAGUACUAUGGUGAAAGCGAGCGGCUUCUUGGGGAUGUGUUUUCACAAGCAAAUGAGCUCCCUGAUGGUGCGAUUAUAUUUCUUGAUGAGAUUGACGCAUUUGCUAUCUCUCGUGAUAGUGAGAUGCAUGAAGCAACGCGUAGAGUUUUGUCGGUACUACUAAGGCAGAUUGAUGGAUUUGAACAAGACAAAAAAGUGGUUGUGAUUGCUGCAACCAAUAGAAAACAAGAUCUUGAUCCCGCUUUGAUCAGCCGGUUCGAUUCCAUGAUCAUGUUUGACUUACCGGACUUACAAACGCGUCAAGAAAUCAUCGCCCAAUAUGCAAAGCAACUCUCAAAGCCUGAGCUAGUCCAGCUUGCUCAGGCCACAGAAGCAAUGUCAGGCAGGGAUAUUCGAGAUGUAUGUCAAGGAGCAGAACGAACAUGGGCUUCAAAGUUGAUUCGUCGAGCAAAAGCGGGUGGAGAAGAACGAAAGAUCACUCUCCCUCCAAUACAAGAGUACUUGGAAAGCGCUGAAGCUCGUCGCAAAGCUCUUCUUAGUGUGACGGAGCAGAAGGAACAGAAAUUUGCUGCUCGUUCCAAGAAACCUCUACUAGAUUUUGAGUGAAAAUAUUCAUUUGACACACCAAACUACUUAGGGACAAUAACUAUACAGACAAAAAAGAAGACGGUUUCUUUUGUUUGAGGUUGUUGUAAAAAUACAGUUAAUUAAUUUGU